AGGGCCGGGCCGGCUUCGGCUGCCGCUUGUCGCCCCCGAGCACAGAUCAGGGUCCAGGCGAAGGCUUCGCGCGGCCUUGUGGCCUCGUCCUUCCCACCCAUCCUCCCGGCCCCUUCGCCGCUUCAGCCAUGGCACAGAAACCCAAGAUAGACCCCCACGUCGGGCGGCUCGGGUACCUGCAGGCGCUGGUCACUGAGUUCCAGGAGACCGAGAGCCAAGACGCCAAGGAACAAGUCCUCGCCAACCUUGCCAAUUUCGCCUAUGACCCGGGCAACUACCAUUAUCUGCGGCAACUGCAAGUCCUGGACUUAUUCCUCGAUUCGCUGUCGGAAGAGAAUGAAACUCUAGUGAAGUUUGCCAUUGGCGGCCUCUGCAACCUCUGCCCAGACAGGGCCAACAAGGAGCACAUCCUACAGGCCGGAGGCGUCCCUCUCAUCACCAACUGUCUGUGCAGUCCCAACGAGGAGACGGUGUUAUCUGCUGUCACCACACUCAUGUACUUGAGCUCGCCCGGCACUGGCUCCCACCCGGAGCUCACCUCCUUGCCAGUGAUCCAGUGCAUGCUGCGCUUUUCACUGUCAGCCAACGCAAGGCUCAGGAAUCUGGCCCACAUCUUCCUAGAGGACUUCUGCUCCCCGAGCCAGGUGGCUGAGGCCCGAAGCCAGCAGGCCCAUUCUGCCCUGGGUAUCCCACUGCCAAAGACCGAGGCCCCACAGCAGCCCUGACCCCAGGAGACCCCGAGACCCCGCCACUUUCUGCCUGAGACCAGUGCUGGCUAAUAACAGCUCCUUGAGCCUAUCCUGCCCAAGUGGUACCUGUUAGGCUGUGUGCAAGGUACGGUCCCCGCAUGUGGCCGUCGUUUACAGCUAGGAAUGAAGAAGCCAGACUUGAUGCUUCGAGGAGAAAACCAAAGCUAGUGUAGCUUUCAUGGACUAGUGCUCCCAACAGACUACAGGCAGAAGACCGCCUCUGGUGCCCCCAGUGCCCAGCUGACACCCUCUGUAAACAAGUUUUGCAUAGGGUGUACUCAAGAGCAGCUGCUAGAACGAAGACUCAGAGAGUGGCCAGUAACAUGGUAUCCAGAGGAAUGCUAACUGCUAGAGAUUGGCCAGCCUCAUUAGCUGGGAAGGUGCUUCGGGGUAACUCCUCCAGUCCUGAGGCUGGGCAUUUGGGCACAGCAGACAUUGACUUGGACAGCUCUGCAGCCCAGGAACAACUGUCCACACAACCCAGCCCCCUGCUAGGCAUCCUGUGAGCAAUGCCAAGAUGAAGUCUGCCCUUGGGUGUCACGCCUCAAAGGCUAUUAGCCAGAUGGCCAUCAGGCAUUAGGAGCAAGGGCCCCUGGGAGUUACGAGCAGAACAGACAGAGGUGCACACCUUGUCCCUUUGAGGCCCUACAUAGGACCCUGGGACACAGACAGCGACUUUUGAUCCCCUUGUGACCAGGCUGCAGUACCAGCUGCUACCUGUGGCAUCCCUGUCCUUCAGAAAUGUUGCUCUGCCCCCUUCUGCCUAUCACCAGAUCCUCUGACCGCAGGAUACAAACCCUUCUUGACUAUUCAGAUCUGCUUCCUGCUCUUCUCCCAGGAGCCAUCAGCCUCCAAACCUGUUAGGGCUGUGAUGCAGAUCUUCAAUAAAGACACCCAGAAAGGGCUGGAGAGAUGGCUCAGAGGUUAA